GCUGCGUGCGCCCGGCGGUCGGUGGCGCCUGCUCGCCGCUCGCGGUUGCUCGCUCCUGGUAGAGGCCUCGGCGGCGCCAGCAGCAGAUGAGACGCGGGCGUUUGCGGCGGGCUGCUAGGGUGUGAAGGGGACCCCGAGCGACUGCGAACCUACGGUCGCCGGGCUCGGCCCCCGCCGUCCCGAGGAUGCUGAGGCCGCGCGAUCCGUGCCCGGAGCCCUCCUCACUGUGUCCUGACUGAAGGCUCGGGGUAGGGCCGUCGGACAGCUGCCUCACCUGUGGUAUCAGACAUGGGGCUCACAAAGCAGUACCUACGCUACGUUGCCAGUGCAGUCUUUGGCCUUAUUGGCAGCCAAAAAGGUAAUAUUGUCUUUGUGACACUUCGUGGUGAAAAAGGACGCUAUGUGGCAGUACCAGCCUGUGAACAUGUUUUCAUCUGGGACUUAAGGAAAGGAGAGAAGAUCCUCAUCCUUCAGGGGCUUAAACAAGAAGUCACUUGCUUGUGUCCCUCCCCAGAUGGACUGCACUUAGCUGUUGGUUAUGAGGAUGGGUCUAUCCGAAUCUUCAGUCUCCUGAGUGGGGAAGGAAAUGUGACCUUCAAUGGACACAAAGCAGCCAUCACUUCCCUGAAGUAUGAUCAGCUAGGAGGCAGGCUGGCAUCUGGGUCCAAGGACACAGAUACUAUCGUGUGGGAUGUGAUCAAUGAAAGUGGCCUCUACCGUCUUAAGGGGCAUAAGGACGCCGUCACACAAGCAUUGUUUCUAAGAGAAAAGAAUCUGCUACUUACUAGUGGGAAAGAUACCAUGGUGAAAUGGUGGGACCUUGACACCCAGCACUGCUUUAAAACAAUGGUUGGCCACCGAACUGAGGUGUGGGGGUUGGUCCUGGUGUCAGAAGAAAAGCGACUCAUCACUGGGUCUUCUGACAGUGAGCUGAGGGCUUGGGACAUAACUUAUCUGCAAGAGGUGGAAGACUUAGAAGAACCAGAACCCAAGAAAAGUAAAGGGUCUUCCCCAGAAAUACAGGAUACACACGAGCCUGAGGAUGGAAUCCCAGAGACAGAUGAAACUCCUGAGGAUCGUAUCCUUACAUGCAGAAAAGUCGGCUCCAUCAUGCGGGAAGGAAGGGACAGAGUUGUGAACCUUGCGGUCGACAGGACAGGCAGGAUUCUAGCUUGCCACGGAACUGACUCUGUGCUAGAAGUGUUCUGCGUCCUUUCGAAAGCGGAAGUUCAGAAGAAAAUGGAUAAGAAGAUGAAGAAAGCUAGAAAGAAAGCAAAAUUAAAUUCUUCAAAAGGCGAGGAAGAAGACCUUGAAGUUGAUGUCAAAAUGACUCUGCAAGAUGAAAUCCAACGGGUGGCUAAUAUUAAAACUUCUGCCAAAAUCAAAUCCUUUGACUUGAUUCAUUCACCUCAAGGAGAAUUAAAGGCAGUCUUCCUGUUGCAGAACAACUUGGUGGAAUCGUAUUCCCUGCACCCAUCUGCGCCUGCCCCUCAGCCUGUCAGGACCAGCAGAAUCACCAUUGGGGGACACCGCAGUGACGUGCGGACACUGUCUUUCAGCUCCGACAAUAUUGCCGUCCUUUCGGCUGCGGCAGAUUCCGUGAAAAUAUGGAACAGGGCCACACUGCAGUGUAUCCGCACAAUGACCUGCGAAUAUGCACUGUGCUCAUUCUUCGUACCUGGUGAUAGGCAGGUGGUCAUAGGAACAAAGACAGGAAAGCUGCAGCUUUAUGACUUGGCCUCAGGAAAUUUGCUGGAGACAAUAAACGCACAUGAUGGAGCUUUAUGGUCCUUGUCUCUCUCUCCAGAUCAGCGUGGCUUUGUGACAGGUGGUGCAGAUAAAUCUGUCAAGUUCUGGGAUUUUGAAUUGGUAAAAGAUGAAAAUAGUACCCAGAAGAGACUUUCUGUGAAGCAAACCCGAACCUUACAACUAGAUGAAGACGUUCUCUGUGUCCGUUACUCUCCCAACCAAAAACUGUUAGCUGUAUCUUUGCUGGACUGUACUGUGAAAAUUUUCUAUGUUGACACUUUAAAGUUUUUUCUCUCACUCUAUGGACACAAACUGCCUGUUAUAUGCAUGGACAUCUCUUAUGAUGGGACACUAAUAGCAACGGGCUCUGCCGACAGGAAUGUGAAAAUCUGGGGCUUGGACUUUGGAGACUGCCAUAAGUCUCUCUUUGCACAUGAUGACAGUGUGAUGUACCUGCAGUUUGUACCCAAGUCCCACCUCUUCUUCACCACUGGCAAGGACCACAAGAUUAAGCAGUGGGAUGCGGACAAAUUUGAACACAUACAGACUCUGGAGGGGCACCACCAGGAGAUCUGGUGCUUGGCUGUAAGCCCUAGUGGAGACUAUGUUGUGUCAUCGUCCCAUGACAAAUCUCUGAGACUUUGGGAAAGAACAAGGGAGCCUCUUAUUCUUGAGGAAGAAAGGGAGAUGCAAAGGGAAGCAGAAUAUGAGGAGAGUGUGGCCAAAGAAGACCAACCAGUAGUUCCAGGAGAGACUCAAGGUGACAAUUACUUUACUGGAAAGAAAACUAUUGAAACGGUCAAAGCAGCUGAGAGGAUCAUGGAGGCUGUUGAGCUAUACCGAGAGGAGACUGCGAAAAGGAAGGAACACAAAGCUAUUUGUAAAGCUGCAGGGAAAGAGGUUCCUCUUCCCAUUAAUCCCAUCCUGAUGGCUUAUGGCAAUAUCUCUCCUUCAGCUUAUGUGUUGGAGAUUUUUAAAGGAAUCAAGUCAAGCGAGCUAGAAGAAUCUCUGCUUGUGCUGCCUUUUUCGUAUGUCCCAGACCUCCUUAAGCUCCUUAAUGAAUUCAUCCAGCUGGGCUCUGAUAUCGAACUUCUGUGUAGGUGCCUCUUCUUUCUGCUCAGAAUUCACUUCGGGCAGAUCACUAGUAACCAAAUGCUUGUGCCAGUGAUUGAAAAGCUAAAGGAAGCAACUAUUUCGAAAGUCAGCCAAGUCCGGGAUGUUAUUGGCUUCAACAGGGCAGGUCUUGAAUAUCUCAAGAGGGAAUGCGAGGCAAAAAGUGAAGUUAUGUUUUUUGCUGAUGCAACCAGCCACUUCGAAGAAAAGAAGAGGAAGAGGAAAAAGAGGGAGAAGCUAAUUUUAACAUAUACUUAGAACUGAAAUGUGCCCCCCCCCUUUUUUUUUAUUUAAAAGAACUUCUAAACUAAGCAGCAGAAUUGGGGCCAACUUGAAAAUAAACAAGUAACAGAGCUUGGUGUGUUGCAGAAGAUGUCAGGAUGUAUUUCCUAGCUUUGCUUGAGGAAAUGCCCAAUGCAGGAUUCUGGGCUCCAUUUUUUGGACUUAAGGCAUAAUAGUUUAAAAUCUUUCUGUGCCCUCAAAGGCUGAGCCCUUCAGGAAUUGUUCCCGUUCUAGCAGGGAACAAUGAAUAUUUUUUACUAGUUGCUUGACUAGAGCUGAAAUGAAUAUUUCAAAAGUUUUUCUUAUUUCUGUGAUAACAGGAGAUUAGUUGAUGUGUUACUUUUUGUAUUACGUUUUAUCUCCUCCAGAGACUAUCAGGUGCAGAAUUGAUUGCCCUCUCCCAUUAAAUGCAGACUCAUGGACUUACAGAGCUGAAAAGGACAUAAAAAUUAUCUAAAACAGCCUAUACUGGUGGUUAUAUCUGUAUAUAAAAAUAGCUAAUUGCUAAAUUGUACUUCUCUAAAGAGCUGUUUCUAAUUAAAAUAUAGUCAAGCUGA